AUGUAUGUCGAUACGAAGAAGAGCUACGAACAGAUUGUGCAAGCCAACAUCACCAAUCCUCAACUCUCCUCAUUACAUCUCAAGCUCAGAAUUCAGAAGGAUCGAUUGGUGGCAUGGGGUUUAGAAUGGGCCGACUCGAAAGCGGAUCAAACCGGCGACAUUGAUGGAUCUCUGGAUCGGGCAGGCAUAAGCGACCUGGUCGCCAGUAUCAUGUCAUCUAUCAGAGAACUGCUCGAUGAAGCAGAGCGAAUUCAACCACGUUCACGGCCACAGCUUCCUGGAGGGUACCCUGUCGACAAGGCAGGCAUGCUAUUCAGUCCUACUAAUCAGUGGACAUCUAUUGACUUGGCGCGCCUCGAAGACAUUGUCAAAGAUAUCACGACCUCUAUUGACACGCUAUGUGAUCUAUCGAGAUCACAAGAGAUUCUUCGCCAAGGCUCUACUAGUCAGAAUGAAAAGCGCUCCACUGGCCAAAGCGAAAAGCAAUCUCCAAAUGCGGUCUUCAACCCCGGAAAGUCGGGGGUAGCCCAGGCUCAAAUCUCCUUAGAGAACGCUACGACGGCUGGCAAGGAGUCCAUACCAUCCACAUGGUCGCAAAUCGCCGUCUCGACACGAAUUGAUCCCAGCAGAUUGCGCUUCCCAGAGGUGAGACAGACGACCGAAUCGUCGCCGCCAUCGUACGAAAAUAUUGCAAACAAAUCCGAUGAUCGAGUGUUUGCCUGCUUACUCGAUGUGCUGCCGUCUACCGCGCCACGAAACCAGUCCGAAGGCAAACCGGUAUUGCUCGAUUAUGGCUUUGUUCGGGACGCAGACCCUGCCACUGGUCGUUUACCAUCACUGCGGCGUUACGAAGAACUUUGCAGAGCUCUUGACCAAAAUUCAGAUGAAUCCCGAUGCCGGUACACGGGAACAAUGAGACUUCUCGGUUGGUUUGUGGACCCUCAUCGGCCAAGGUAUGCCUUCGUCUAUGAAGUACCUAGACCAGCUUCUCUGAGUAUCUCGUCUCUCGAUCAGCAUCACUCGCCGCAGAGUCUAUUAUCGUUCCUUCAACAUGCCGCCAACACUGUUAGCAACAAUAUGCCUUGCUUGGAGGACAGGUUCCGUCUUGCAUUCCGGCUUGCGUUGAAUUUGCUUCACAUCCAUGCUAAAGGCAUAUCCCACCGGAAUAUCAAUAGCAGCAAUGUUGUAUUCGUGGAUGAGAAUCGGCCUGCAGAUACCAGCGCUAUGCCGUGGAAGGAUGGUGCUAUCCGACAUCCAUUUCUCACUUCUUUCGACACCUCCGCAGAGGAUACACAUGCUGCGCAUCAAGAAAGCUUCAUUUCGAGCAUCUACCGUCAUCCGAUGGCUGAGAGUGGUAAAAGGACUGCAUACAAGCCUGCUUACGACAUCUACAGUCUGGGAUUGAUUCUGUUGGAGGUAGGAUUGUGGAUGCCAAUCCAUCAACUUUGGAAGACCAAAUACUCACACCAGAUUUUCAAAGCAAGGCUACAGACCGUGUAUUCAAAGAAGCUCGCCGGCAAAUGUGGGAAUAGGUACAUGCGUGUAGUGGAGUACUGCCUGAGUGCUGCCGACGCCAGGCACACGAAUCAAUCCACCGUAAAUCAGCAGUCCAGCGAAAGACAGCAGCCAAAAUUGCAGACGGACUUUUAUUGGAAUGCCCUCAAACCUCUAGAACGAUGCUGCAUGAUCGAUGACGACGAUCAACCCAUCAUACUGCCCGCCCCGUUUACCUCUGAUAGGCCUGAGCCCCUGCCAGUGGCUAGUGAGGAGGUCUCGGCACCUGUCCCUUGGCAAGCGCUCAAAGUUGAUUCCCCUACUCAACCGGGACACAAAUUCGACCUGCUAGUCUGGUCGCACAACAUACCUCAGCCAGCCCGCGCGUAUUUCGAUACGGUCAUGAUGCCGAGGUUGGGUCGCAUGCUUGCAAAGGCGAUCAACAGGUGGGAAUCCUACGAAAUCGACGUAUUUAUGGCUGGCAAAACCCCCGAGACGGCCAAACCAACAGUCUUGAUGGUCUGCAACAGCAUCUUAAGGGCUUGGAAGAUCUUGGAGUACGUCAACCAGGACAAGGGAAUAUUCGACAUUCAAGUCGCUUCUGGCCAAAUUACUUGGUCGAAAAAGAAGAAACGGCGACAAAAGAAGGCUGUUGCCACAGAAGUGAGCCAAACAACGGGUCGACAACCCUCACGAUACCAAGAAAAACCGACAUGUGGAGCAUCAAUUGGUUGUUUUGUUGAUGAGCAGCACUCGGAAGCAGUCACAUUUGGGGGUAUAGUCCUGGUAAAUGGUGAGGCCCAUGGGAUGAGCGUACACCAUAUGCUCCAAGAAGAUCAGGAGCCUGACCUUAGCUUGGACGGGUUGGAGAGCUUGUUGCCCGACGAAAUGGCUAUCCUCGACAUUUCGGAAGACAAACUGCAUGACCUUGAGUGUCUUCGAGCCCUCGAUUCGGACGACUCUCAAAUGGUUGAGGAUAUCAAUAUGGGUGAUUUGCCUGGUACCCGGCCUGGCGAGGGUGAGCAUGUCAUCGUCACACAGCCAGCUCUGGACGAUGUUGACGAGAAUUUCUUUCCGGACGAAGACGAAAUGAGUGAUGAUCACCUUGUGAGCCAUGGCUUAGGCAACAUCCAUGCAUCCUCAGGGUUGAGACGUUUGACCUAUGGAUCUGUUGCGCAUGAGGUCGAUUGGGCGCUGUUUAAAAUCCACAAAGAGCGAAGAGCGUCAACAAACACAGUAGAAGGAGGGGCCAAACAUUGUCAAGCUCAUGGUUCAUACCCCUCUCAAGUGCUCAGUGCCGAAACACUUGGAAGCCUACGGGUCCAUGCAUAUGGUUCAACGAGCGGGCUUGCCACCGGAACAGUACUACCAACGAUGCAACAAACCAAGAUGCCGGGAAGGGUCUACCCGUCUCCGGUAUGGCGAGUCAAGGGCGACUUCGGAGUGGGGGGUGAUUCGGGUGCCUGGGUGAUUGAUAACGCAACUGGUGGGGUAUGCGGCCAUGUUACUGCCUACUCAGAGUUUGGCCAAUACGCUACAAUUGCACCAAUGGAGGUAAUGCUCCAUGAUAUGGAGCAAACACUGGGGGUGAGCGUAGCUCUACCGCCGACACAUCACGGGGCUACAGCCGCUGCACUCAUGUCGUUCAAACAUCAAAUCGUCACGAACGAACCACAAUUGACCGAAAUUAAGGGAAAGCAUCCCAUCGACCGUGACCAUUACCGGCGCCAAAGCAUCGAUUCCAACUACAUAUCAGGUAGCGAGCCCGAAGACGAUGGUGCAAAAGGAACAAAUGCCCCCUUAAGCCCCCCACUUGCGACUUCACCACCAGCAUCAUCGCACGACCAAAUGGCGGAUCUCAGCCUUGACGAAGUUGCAAAGAAAUGGAACAGGGAGCAAGGGAAGAGGAACAGCCGGGGUGGCAGCCCCAUUAAAGGCAAAGGAUUCGCGGAGCCAGUGCAGAUGAAAGGAGGAGGCGUUCAGGCAAGGGGCUGA